AUAGAUGUAAAAAAGGAGUUUAAUUUCUGGUGUCAGUAUCUCUUUAAUGGAUGGAGAUUGUGCAGAUCAUAGUGACUGCAGUGUUGUUAAAACCAUAUCCUACAUAAUAUGAAGUUAGUUCCAAGGCUGGAUUUUACUUUGGGUACCAUUCUGUGUAUGUAUUGUUGAAUUGUGAUUCCUUUACACUCGAAAUUGAAUUGAUGACCUUUUUUUGCAAUUUCAGGUUUGUUAGACAUUCAUUUUCACUUUUUUUCAUGUUGCGGAGGAAUGUAUAAUUACUGUUGCUCCAGCUCCUAACUCUACAGUGACUUUACAGACCCCUAACUGGUACGAGGGACUGCCAGAAACUGUAUCUGUCUCAUGGUGAUGCCUUCUAAGCAAUUUGGGAAGUUAGCAUUUGCAAAAGACAGAAUGGCCAUUAUAUGUGAAACUGGACGUGCAUUUAUUAACAUAAAGGAACAGAAGUCUGCUGGGCCAGAUAUUGUUUUGAAAGAUUAUGAGACCCUUCCCAGCUCCAUUAAUCUUUUCUAUCCUUUCUAUCUUAACAUCUCUAACUGUAAGCCUAAGGUCUGGUCCAAGAAGCUUCAGAUACAGUUUUCUGUUAUGUUUAUCCAAACUGAAUCAGACCUGACAACAAUAUUAAUUGCAGCUUGUUCUGCUAUUGCAGCAGUUAUUUUCAUUAUUGGAGUAGCUGUUUACUGUGUCAGAAAAAAAGUUGAAUAUUGAAUUGAAUAUACCAGGGACACAUUCUCCACCUCCCAACUAGCAGGGUGAAAGCAGGUUUUUUACAUGUAUGAUUUGGUAGCAGGAUCAUACACAUUUAUUACACUUCAACUGUUACUUCGCUAUGUUGCUUGGAUAUUUUUGUUGUCAUUUGAGGCUUACAAACUAAUAUGGACUUUGGACUCUUCAUCAGUGAAGGAGCUCGUUAUAUACCCCCAUUGGCUAAAGGGUACCCCCUCCACUGAUGAGAAUAGAUACUACACUUGAUCUUGGCCAAAAGGCAGAGAAGCAAUAGAAAUCGGUACACCCAAAAGAUCCAACACCUAAGCACAUGAAAAUGAAUGUGGUCUAUACUGUCCAUUGUAGUGAAGAGUGCUCAGAUAUAUACAUUGGGGAGACAAAAACAACCAUUCAGUAAGAGAAUGGCCCAACAUAGGACGGCAAACUCCCCAGGACAAUACUCCGCAGUCGAUCCAUAUCUAAAGUAAAAGGGACACUCCUUAGAGGACAAAUUUUAGACCAAGAUGGUUUGAAAGAUAUAUGAAGGAGGGAGGCCAUUUAUGCCAAAGUGGAAAAACCAUCCCUGAACAGAGGAAGGGGCCUGAGACAAUGCUUGUCAUCAACAUACAAUGUCGCUUUAACAUCCUUACCCAGCGGUUUCAUAACAAUUCACGCUUCCAGUCAUGUACAUUGAAAAAUUAACACCUGAUCAACGUACCAUUGUGACUGGAUCACACUUUCACACAUCUGUGAGUUUCAGCCAACACCAUCUAAAUAAAGUUCAAUGGAAGCAUUGUGA